AUGGGUGAACUUUUGAACGGCCUUGUAGAGAAGCAGGUAGACAUGCUGCACUCACCACUUCAAUUUUCUUGGUUUGAAUCUCUAGGUGUUUCAAGAAUUAUCUUUGAACUUUUUCUCAACUUAAUGGACAAAACAGUGUCGAAACGAUUGCUUGAUAAGGACCAUAUUGUUAUCUAUAAAGGCGAUGGUGGUGGUGUUACUAGUCGAGGUGUUAGAGCUCAUAUAAGCAAUAAGGUAGCAGUUGGUUUAAAAAGGGGUGUUGGUGUUGGUGGAGGUGGAGAUAGUGGUUCAGGAGUAAAGCAGGGAGGUGUUGGUGGUGAGUUUAAGGUAGAUGGAAGUACUAGUAAUAAUAUAGAAACUGGAGGUGUUAGUGUUAGAGUUGGAAGUGGCAGUGUUAGUAAUAAGGAAAGUCAUGGUGGUGGAGAUAGUAGCUUAGGACUAGAGGGAGAUACCGAUAAUGGAGUUGGGGGAGGUAAGAGUGGAGGAGUUGGGGGAGGUGGUAGUGUUGAUAACGUAGGAAGUCGUAGUGGUGGAGGCGAUUCAAGAUCUAGGGGAGAUCAAGGUGGAGUUGGAGAAAGUGUUGGUGGCAAUGUUGGUGUUGGUGGAGGUGGUAGUUUAGGAGCUGGAGGAGGUUCUAGUAUUGGUGUUUGGGGAGGUAGAGGUACUGCUAACAAUAUAGGAGUAGGGGGAGGUGUUAGUGGUGAAGAUGGAGGAGGUGGUGGUAUUGGUAAUAGGAGAUUUCAUGGAAGUAGAGGUGAUAAUUUAGGAGCAGUGGGAGGUGUUGGUGGUAGACUUGGAGGAAAUGGUAGUGUUGGUAACGGAGAAAGUCAUGUAUCAAAAAGACGCCUUCACCCAACACCCAAACGGCAAAUGAACCACGAAUCUGACAAGGGAGCUGCAAGUAGUGAAGGUACUUUAGGAGCUGGGAGAGGUACAAGUGUUGGAGUAGGAGGUAGCAAUGGCAAUAAUGUUGCUGGUGUUGGAGGAGAUACAAGUGGUGGAAUCAAUGAAGCUGGAGGUGCUAGUGGUAAUAUAGGGGUGGAGGGAGGUGUUAAUGGAGUUGGAGGAGGUGUUGGUAGUGGAGGAUGUUAUGGUGGUGGAAGUGGUUUAAGUGGUAUUAUUGGAAAUACUAGUGCUAGUAGCGGAGUUGGAAGAGCUAGUGGUAUUGAUAAUGGAGGAAGUCGUGGCAGUGGAAAUGGAAGUUUAGGAGCCAAAGACAGUGCUAGUGGUGGAGUUGGAGGAGAUGGUGAAUUAGGAGUUGGAGGAGGUGCAAGUGGUGGAAUAAGCAGAGGUGAAGGUAAUGGAGGGAGUCAUGGUGGUGGAGGUGGCUUAAGAGAUGGAGAAGGUACAAGUAGUGGAGUUGGAGGAGGUAGCAAUAUUAGUGUUGGAGGAGGUGGUGGUUUAGGAGCUGCAGGAGGUGUUAGUGGUGGUGGGGUUGGGGGAAGUGGAGUUAUUAUUGGUAAUAUAAGUAUUGGUGGUGGAAUUGGUGGUAUCGGUAAUGCGAGAAGUCGUGAUAGUGAAAGUAAUGGUUUAAGAGCUGGGAGUGAUGCUAGUGGUGGAGUUCGAGAAGGUGGUGGAUUAGGAGUUGGAGGAGGUGUAAAUAGUGGAAUAAGCAGAGAUGGAAGUAGCAAUGGUAGUAUAAGAGCUGGGGAAGGGAUUAAUGGAGAAGUUGGAAGAGGUGGUAGUAUAAGUAGUGGAGGGAGUCAUGAUAGUAAAGGUGGUUUAGGAGCUGGGAGAGGUACAGUUAAUGGAGUCGAAGGAGCUAGCAAUUUUAAUGUUGGUGGAGGUACUGAUUUAGGAGUUGUAGGAGGCACUAGUGGUGGUAGUAGGGUCAGAGAAGGUGGAGGUCCUGUUGGUAAUAUAUCUGUUGGUGGGGGUAUUGAUGGUGGAGUUAGAGGAGCUGGUAGUAUCAGAAACGAAGGAAGUCAUGGUAAUGGAAGUAGUAGUUUAGUAGUUGGGGGUAGUGUUGGUAGUGGAGUUAGAGGAGAUGUUGGAUUAGGAGUUAGAGGAGGAGCAAGUGAUGGAAUUAGUGGAGGUAGAGAUACUGGUAGUAAUAUAAGAGCAGGGGGAGGUACUAGUGAAGGAGUUGGAGGAGAUGGUGGUGGUGGUUUAGGAGCUACAGGAGAUGCUAAUGGUAGUGGUGAGGCAGUGUUUGGUGGUGGAGUUGGAGGAGGCAUAAGUGGUGAAUUUGACAAAGGUGAAGGUAUCAGUGGCAAUAUAGGAAGUGGGGGAGGUACCAAUGGAGGAGUUGAAGGAGCUGGUAGUGUUAGUAGUGGAGGAACUCAUGGUGGUGGAGGUGCUUUAGGAGUUGGGGGAGGUACAGAUAGUAGAAUUGGAGGAGGUGAUAGCGGUAGUUUAGGAGAUGUAGGAGGUGUUCAUAAUGGUGGCGAGAUUGGAAAAGGUGGAGAUACUAUUGGAAAUAUCAGUAUUGGUGGUAGAGUUGGAAGAACUAGUGGUAUUGAUAAUUGGAGAAUUGUGGUAGGGGAAAUGGUAGUUUAG